AUGGACCACUCACCAAGCUUUCCACCGACAUCUGUUCCGAACUCAAUCUACAACAUGGACCACUCACCAAGCUUUCCACCCACAUCUGUUCCGAACUCAAUCUACAACAUGGAACCCUUACCAAGCUUUCCACCGACAUCUGUCCCGAACUCAAUCUACAAUAGGGACCCCCUCACCAAGCGUUCCACCCACAUCUGUUCCGAACUCAAUCUACAACAUGGACCACUCACCAAGCUUUCCACCGACAUCUGUUCCGAACUCAAUCUACAACAGGGACCUCCUCACCAAGCUUUCCACCCACAUCUGUUCCGAACUCAAUCUACAACAGGGACCCCCUCACCAAGCGUUCCACCCACAUCUGUUCCGAACUCAAUCUACAACAUGGACCACCUCACCAAGCUUUCCACCCACAUCUGUUCCGAACUCAAUUUACAACAUGGAACUCUUACCAAGCUUUCCACCCACAUCUGUUCCGAACUCAAUCUACAACAUGGAACCCUUACCAAGCUUUCCACCGACAUCUGUUCCGAACUCAAUCUACAAGAGGGACCUCCUCACCAAGCGUUCCACCCACAUCUGUUCCGAACUCAAUCUACAACAUGGACCACUCACCAAGCUUUCCACCGACAUCUGUUCCGAACUCAAUCUACAACAUAG